AAUCAAUCAAGAAUCUCUGUUCAUCUAAACACAAAAAGGAAAACCCACAAAAAAACUCCCACCAUUGUUUUUAAAAGCUCAUGCCUUGUCCCUGACUCGUCCCCGACUUGCCGGAACUCUAUUAACUCCCCCCGUCCUUACUCAGUCCUCCCAUGGCCUUACAUUUCUCAACUUAAAAGCUCCUUCCUUUUCCCUCGAAAGCUAAUUUUUUAUUUUUACUUUUUCUGAGAGUGAGGGUAAAAGAGAGAGAUGUAUGUGGUGCCGCCACCGCAGCGAUCGAAUCCGGGUUCCUCCGGCGGCGGGUCGGGUGAUUUACGGGUUUACCAAACUUGGAAAGGCAGAAAUAUAUUUUUAUUUCAAGGGAGGCUUAUAUUUGGACCAGAUGUAAAAUCAUUAGGGCUAACUAUUUUACUUAUAGUAGCUCCGGUGUCCAUUUUCUGUGUGUUUGUUGCCAGGAAAUUGAUGGAUGACUUUCCUCAUCACUGGGGUAUUUCAAUCAUGGUUGUUGCCGUUGUCUUCACUGUCUAUGAUUUAGUUCUUCUACUGCUAGCAUCCGGAAGAGAUCCUGGUAUAAUUCCGUGCAAUGCACACCCCCCGGAGCCAGAAGGUUUCGAUGGGAAUUCAGAUGUUGGGGCUGGUCAAACUCCACAGUUACGAUUGCCACGCAUUAAAGAAGUGGAGGUCAAUGGAAUCACUGUGAAGAUCAAGUAUUGUGACACUUGCAUGCUUUAUAGACCUCCUCGCUGCUCACACUGUUCAAUCUGCAAUAACUGUGUAGAACGAUUUGAUCAUCACUGUCCUUGGGUUGGGCAAUGUAUUGGACUGCGAAAUUACCGGUUCUUCUUCAUGUUUGUCUUCUCGACAACCCUUCUUUGUAUAUAUGUUUUUGCAUUCUGUUGGGUCUACAUUAGAAGGAUCAUGGCAUCAGAGGGGACAACAAUUUGGAGAGCCAUGAUUAAAACUCCAGCUUCCAGUGUUUUAAUAGUUUACACUUUCAUCUCAAUGUGGUUUGUUGGUGGUUUGACUGCCUUCCAUUUGUAUCUGAUCAAUACAAACCAGACAACAUAUGAGAAUUUCAGGUAUCGAUAUGAUCGCCGAGCUAACCCCUAUAACAAAGGUGUGGUUGAGAACUUCAAGGAGAUAUUUUGUUCUAGCAUUCCCUUAUCCAAGAACAACUUCAGGGCAAAGGUGCCCAGGGAACCUGUGUUACCAACACGAGCUGGUGGUUUUAUGAGUCCAAAUAUGGGGAAGACGGUGGAUGACAUAGAAAUGGGUAGGAAGACAGUGUGGGCCGAUAUGGGGGCUGGCACUAAUCAUUGUGAAGGGCAACUUACAAGUGACCGUGUAAAUGUUAAGGAGGGUGAAUUAGGAGAAUUGUCUCCAGAUAUUAGAACUACAGUAGAUGACAGAGGUGACCGUGCUGUUAUACAUCCCAGGAGAUCUAGUUGGGGGAGAAAAAGUGGUAGCUGGGAAAUGUCACCGGAAGUUCUUGCUUUGGCUGCUAGAGUGGGGGAACCAAAUCGAGCUGUUGGGAGUAGCAGCAGCAGCUUGACAACUGAUAAUCGCCAGACAUAACCAAUGCUGUGAUAUUGACUGUAGGAUACGGAAAAGGGUUUGAUUGCUAAUGUUCCUCGACUUCCUCCUUCAAUCAUGUGCAUUAUGGGGACAUUUGUUUUCGGCAGGGUGUUUGAAAGUGUUGGUUGGGCCCUUGUUCUUUGACGAAGAACUGGUGUGUUGUAUAAGAGUGAGCUUUUUCAGUUUUGAUUUUGUAUUUGUGGAAUUAGUUGGUUUCUAAUUGUAUUGACCUUGUGGAUUCAUUUUAGUGUCUUAUAGUGCUCAUUUCACCUCUGGGUACUUUGAUGUGUGCUACUGGCUGAUGGGCUCUCACUGAAUUAAGUAAAUUGGGUCAACAAGAAAGACUGGUCAUGGCAAUCAAAUUCUAGUUAGGCUUCUCUUCUUUCAAACCUCAACCAAAACGAAAUUAAGAAGUGGAAGCAUACUAGUAUUAAUUAGAAACAUGUGACUUGGAAGUUGCUAAUUCUGACUUGAAAGACCAGUCAAAAUUAAAAUCCCAAGUUUCAAUUCUAAAUAAUGCCAUGUCAUGUAAAACGUUCCACAUCAGAAUUAAAGGUAUUAGUUGCACUCUCCUAAUGUCACAGAGCAUGAAUGGC